UCGAGUUUUUGAAGGAAAUGGUAAAAAGAAGAUGCACUUAAGCAUAUAGUGGACCUGUAGGUUAUGUAUAUACAGGGUCUAAAAUUGCGUAAGUUAACUUUUAUAUUGCUAAAAAUUGAGGAAAUCUCCGGAAAUUUUUGCUGAAUCACUCUCGGUUCCAAGAAAUUUACAAUUAUUUUUGAUUGAAAGUAAUAAAAACAAUUAGUUCAACUGUCAUGCGCUGUGAAUGGGCUAGUUUUUACAACGCAGUACACAGCUGUUCACAGCUGUCAUUAGUAAUCAAGUUCUCCUGCUUGUUGGUUGUUUAUUUUAACGCACACGGUGUUAAAGUCUAAAUUAUUCCAAAUUUUUGUUCAAGUGCAUUUUUAUAAAUAUUUAAAUGGCGGCUAAAAUCUAUACUUUAGAAGACGUGAAACAGCACAAUAAACCUGAGGAUCUGUGGAUAAUAAUCGCAGGCAAAGUUUAUGAUGUCACAAAAUUUCGCAACGAGCAUCCGGGAGGUGAAGAAACAUUAGACGACGUAGGUGGCCGUGACGGCACACGUGAUUUCGACGAUGUGGGACACAGUCAAGAGGCGAAAGAAAUGCUAAAAAAAUAUUACAUAGGUGAUGUCGAGGUCGAUAAAACGUGUAAAUUGCCUGUGAGUGAAGAGAAAAGCGAGCAGUAAUUGUGGUAAUAAAUUCAUACCUCCUAGUUGUACUGGAAAGUAUCAAAAGUAAAAGCACACAAAUAUAAAAAAGUUUCUUGUGCGAGAAGGUGAAGCAAAAGAAGGUGAAAAGUGGAAAAUUUCCAGAAGUUGAAAAAACAAUACCAUUUCAUGACACGCAGCUACUAAACCUGGUGCCUUGCAUGAAACAUGUCCAUUUGUCAUAAUUAAUUUGCAUUAUGUAUAAUUGCGCUACAAAAACUUUGUUCCCAAUGUAAUAGUACGAUAUUUCCAUACCACAAAUAUAUGUAUGUGCAUGUUGCGUUAACAUUCAGGCGGUUGCGUCAUAAAAAUAUAUAAAAUUUAGCUUUUUACUCAUACUACAUCCUAAGUGAAAUUUCAUCUUCAUAUAAUGAAUACAGCUAGCUCAAUUAUAGAUAACCACAUGCCCCGAUGGCAGCAUGUUUUAACUGAUAAUGAUUUAUGUGACGAAAGCUUAUCACUUAGUUUACGACUAAGUGAAAACAUCAGUAAUCGCAUGUGAUAAUGUAAUUUGCGGUUUUAAUUCAAAUAAGGCAUAAAAUAGAUAAUUUUUGGACGAAAAACAUAUCUUUAUUAAAUUAAAAGAAGUUGAUUAUAAAUAAUAUACAUAUAAGUGUGUUUGUGCUAGGAUGUACAUAAAUAUGUGUUUACCAUAACGUAGUCAGUCAAUAUUUAAACUUUCAAUUGUUUUUUGUAGCUUUAAAUAUUUUUCGACCAAAAAAGUUAAAUUUUGCAAAUCAUAGGCUGGCAUGUAAGUUGCAGUUUGCUAUUAUAUGCCAUAAUCAAGUACAUACACAUAUGUCCAUAUUUAAAUUAAGCACAAUAUUUAAAAAAUAUGUGUGCAUUUCCACCACUCGCUUAAGUAUGUAUGUAUUGGCGAUAAUUCAUAUGCAUUAUAAGUUGUGUCAUAAUUUUAGUUUUUUUCUUUUAGCUUAGCUUAAAUGUUGUUUUCCUUUAUCACUCUCCAAAAAAA